AGUUUUGACCCAAAGCAUUGACACUUUCUUUCUCCCCACACACACGCCCCUCGACCCGCUGAGUUCCCCUGGCAGAUUCUUUGAUGCUCCGAUACUUCACAUGGUUUGUUCUGUUAAAUUCGGAACUGGAUAGUGACGGAGCGGGGAGCGGGAAGCGGGGGAUGGGGUGGAGCCUGCUUAGAAUAAAACCGAAGAACGUGCCUUCACAAGACUGGAAAAUAACAGCGCUGCGCCUCAGUGUUUCUGGACAUCAGGGCUGGGGAAUCCCGCUAGAUUAUGGACUAUAGUCUACGUUUGUCUGGGAUUGAUAGUGGCAUUGGCUUUAUUAUUGUCAAGUGUGCCUGAAGUGGAUUUCAGGAAGGUACGGGUUGACCCCUCUCCAUUGCACGUCAAUGGCUAUGCCAUGGAGCGAGUGAGGAGCACAAAUUUCCUGGUUGUGCACAUAACGGACAAACUAACCUGGACUCACAACAGCUCAUCACCAGUGUUGAAGGCACAGCAGCGUCUAUAAUCUCUGAGGAGACUGAGGCGUACACAACUCUCCAUCCCAUCCUAACAACUUUCUACAGGAGCAUCAAAAAAAAAACAAAUUUCUUGACACAUUCCACAGUUGGCAGUUAUGCCAUCGGAGAAGAAGAAAGAGUGAGAGUGAAGAAUCCCCAGCUCCGAACGAACCCCGAAAGGAUUGGGGUUAACCACAUCAAAGUUGCUGGUGAACGCAGCAGGCCAGGCAGCAUCUCUAGGAAGAGGUACAGUCGACGUUUCGGGCCGAGACCCUUCGUCAGACUAAUCUACAGAAUUCCUCGUUUUGGGAUUAACCAGCAGCAUUCGGUGCAUUACAGGUGUGACUGACAUUUGGAACCGUCCGUACGUGGCACGCUUGUUGUGUUAACCCUUACAUGGUUUGGAUUUUGCGAUGAUCACUUUGUUAAAAGGUUUCCCUGGGAUUUUUAUUGCAUUUCCAUUGUCAUGACGCUUACAAAAACCUUCCUGCUCCUGGCUGCUGUUGGGACUGUUAAAGUAUGCACAGCUGUCCCCAGUUACUUGGAAGAAAUGAUUAAGGAGAAUCCACCUUUGAAUAUUCAGCUUUCCAAUGAAGGGCUGGGAUUGUACACCGUGUCUUGGGAUGGAAACAUCACGUUUGAAAAAGAUGUGUAUUACCAGCUUCAGUACAAGUAUCUCAAUUCAAGUGAUAGCAAGAUUGAAACGUAUUUUUUGCAAGAAUAUCAAAGGACGAUGGAUUUGGAAUUACAGCGGGGACUAUCUACCCAUGUCAAGCUGUCAUAUGCUGCAGAUUCUGUUGAUGAAAUAUCUAGCAAUUGGACUAAUAGAACUUUUGUUCUACCGCGCGAUUCAUUUGCCUCGGUUGACAACUUGACCUGUGUGUUUUAUGGGAAUACUUACAUGAACUGCACUUGGGAUGUUUUUGAUGAUGUUUCUGAAGAUGCACAAUACACUUUGUCCUACAGGAAGGAGCAAGAUACAAAUGACAUAUACAACUGCACAAAUUACCGUGUGGAUGGAACAAGGAACACUGGCUGCAUUGGCCACAGAUACGACCUUGAUUUGGCUUGCCAGAUUACGAUGUGCAUCAGUGACUUGACCAACAAAACCAAAUUACCGUAUUGCAGGAUAUUUGGACCAUACAAAUUCCAGAAGCUCGGCAGUCCAAUAAAUGUCAAGAUAAAUAAAAGCACAGAUGAAGUCACAUGGAAUCUUGCAGAAGAUAAUUUAAAACUUAUUUGUUAUGCCUUUCAAUUAAAAAUCACAGAUUUGAAUAGCAGACAGUACAAGGUUGAAAAUACAGCUGUGACAAAAUAUGUCAUCAGCAGGGAUAAAACAAAAAGAUAUUCAGUGCAAGUAAGGGUGACAGUGAAUAAUGAUUGUUUGGCAAGCACUAUCUGGAGUGACUGGAGCAAACCUCUUAUUAUAGCGCCUGAUGCAAGCGAUAUGUCUGUUCUGGCAAUUGCUUCGGUGUUUGCAGUGAUUCUUGUUGUGCUAAUACUGCUAUUGAUAUUCAUCUGCAUAAGAUGUAAAUUUGUGUCAAAAAUCUGUCAGCCAAUCCCUGAUGCUGGAGAGAAGUUCAAGGGACUAUUUGAGGAGUACAAUGGCGAUUUUCAGAAGUGGAUUAACAAGAAUUCCCAGCUGACAAGCAAGACUGAAGAGUGCACUCAAGUUAUUGUUAAAGAAUUCUACAAUCCUUAAAAGCUGUUGUCACAUUCUAGACUUCCAGCAACAGAUGUUCGAUUAUCCUCAAGUUGUUUUUUUCUUCAAUAGGAGAGAAAGAAAGAGAAAAAAAUAUAUUUCAAAGGAAGAAUGAGAGGAGACUGAGACAUUUAUUGCAGCUUAUCAAAUGUUUUUCCCCAACUUUUUUGAAAAUCGACUGACUGCAAUAGAUUUUUUUUUACUGUGGGUGUGUGUUUCAUUUGAACGAGACUAGAUUUUCCAGUUAAACAUGGAUCUAAUGAUAAACUUCAGUAAAGCAUUAGCAAGCAGAGAGAGGAGUCACACAGUGAGAUUCCUGACUGCAGAAAACUUUACAAGGAACCUCUGUUCAUUAAUAAGCGGCUGUGCCCAGACACACACACACAAUGGAUGUAGAGACAACUAAGUAAAACUAUCAGAUCUCUUUUCAAGAAGUUCUUCUUGCCAAGUUUCAAAUCCAACCUCUGUGUACAGUGUGAAUCCAAAUUCAAGCACAGUUCUUUGCUUCUAGUUUUUGGUGUUUACUGUGGUGAUUCAAGUCAACUCAUUCUAUGUUUACAGCCAUAAUUGAUGGCACAGAAGCAUCAAGAUUUCUUCAGUGAUUUACUCAAUCAAGAGACAUUUGGAUAAGUACAUGGGUGGAAGGGGUAUGGAGGGCUAUGGUGCAGCUGCAGGUUGAGGGACCAGGCAGAAUAACAGUUCAGCAUGGACAAGGUGGGACGAUGGGCCUGUUUCUGUGCUGUACUGCUCUUUGUCUACCAGUGAAACUCAUUUAAAAAAAAUUCAUUUAUUGAGAUAAAGCACGGAGUAAGCCCUUCCAAUCCUUUCAGCCGCGAUGUCCAACAAUCCCACAAGUCUAAUCCGAGCCUAAUCACAAUCUACAAUGCCCAAUUAACCUGCCAACAUGUAGGUCUUUGGAGGGUGGGAGGAAACUGGAGCACCCAGAGGAAACUCAUGUGGUCACGGGGAGAAUGUACAAACUCCUUACAGGCGGCGGUGAGAAUUGAACUCGGGUGGCUGGUACUGUGAAGCACCGUGCUAACCUCUACGCGACCAUGCCGCCUGAGUGUAUCCACACUCUACGUACUCGCAGGAGCCAUAUAAUCACUCCUCACUGAGUGGUUGCAAGUGUAGGGGAUAGAUUUUCUCCUUUAAAAAAAGAUAUUGCAGUUAAUUCUGGUACCAUAGCCAAAACCACAAUAAGGGACGAAGACUGCACAUCAGAGGAAUGCCGAUGUAAGAUAAAUCAUAUGUUUUCAGAUUCUUCAACUUGUGAAGCAAUUUCAAUGCCUGCUCUUUUUGCAAAGAAAAAGAUGCUUGACCAGAUAAUGUGCAUGGUUAGGGAGUGACUCUAACACGCCCAAAUAUUUAUGUACCCAUGCAUUGAAUCUUUACGUUCUUGUUAUUGCUUUCUAAUUGUUGCUCUCCUUGCAGCUUGCUGAGAGUAGGCCAAGAUCUUUUAUAAGCCGUUUCUCAUAAACUCUGACUGACAAUUUAUGACAAGCAGGUUUAUUGUGAACAAUGGACGUACUUUACUUUGAAAAUGCAGUAUCUCCGAACAGAUUUUCAUCAAAAUAACAGAUGCAAAUCUUAUACAUUUGCUGCUUAUACCAUUAUGUAAAGCCAAGCAUCAGAUAAAAUGUGACCAGACAAAUCUAAAGCCCCAAGUCAAAUAAGAAUUGUAAUCAGAUGUAUAAGCUCAUAAAACACAGGAGCAGAAUCAGGCUAUUCGGCCCAUCAAAUCUGCUCCACCAUUCAAUCGUGGCUUAUUUAUUAGCCUUCUCAAACCCAUUCUUCUGCCUUCUUCUCAUAAUAUUUGACACCCUUAACAAUUAAGAACAUAUCAACCUCUGCUUUAAAAAUACCCAAUGACUUGGCCUCCACAGCUGUCUGAGGCAAUGAAUUCCACAGAUUCAGAAAACUCUGGCUAAAGAAAUUCCUCCUCAUGUCUUUUCUAAAGGGAUGUCCCUCUAUUCUGGGACUGUGCCCUCUGGGCCUAGACUCCCCCACAACAGGAAAUAUUCUCCUCACAUCUACUCUGUCUAGGCCUCUAAAUAUUGGAUAGAUCCCCCCCCCAUCAAAUCUUCCAUUAUGAUUGACAUAUGUCAUGAAAUUUGUUGUUUUGUGGCAGCGAGACAAGAAAUCACUAUGAUUUGCAAUGCCAGUAAAAUAAAUAAAUGGUGCAAAGAAGGAAUAGCGAAGGUCUGCCCAUGGGUUCAUGGACCGUCAAUGAACUCACAUUCAGAAAUCUGAUGCAGGGUGUAGGAAGCUGUUCCUAAAAUGUUGAGUGUGGGUGUUCAGACUCUUCUACCUCCAUCCUGAUAUUGAUGGAUGCCACAUUCUUGCGGUACCGCUGUUUUAAGAUGGUGUCGUGUGCGCAAUUACAUGUAUGCACAAAUACAAUGAUAAACUUACCAGAUAACACCUGAACAUCAAACCAGAGAAGAGAGAUUAACCAGGAGCACAUUGGAGUCGACGAUGCUGUCAUCUACCUGCUGAACAGAGCCUACUCCCAUUUGGAUAAGCAGGGCAGCUCUGUGAGGACCAUGCUUUUUUGAUUUCUCAGGUGCCCUCAUUGCUGCAAGAAAAUCUCUGUCCAAUGCAGGUCGGCACUUCCAUUGUAUCCUGGGUAAUGGACUACCUGACUGGCAGACCACAGUUUGUGCGGCUUCAGAGCUGUGUGUCAGACAUGGCUAUGAGCAGCACUGGGACCCUACAGGGGACUGUAUUCGCUCCCUUCCUGUUUACCCUGUAUAUCUCGGACUUUAAGUACAACACUGAGUCAUGUCACCUGCAGAAAUUCUCUGAUAUCUCAGCAAUAGUUGGGUGUAUAAAUGGAGGACGGGAGGAUGGGCCCUGGUGGAGGACUUUGUCAAAUGGUGUAAGCUGAAUCAUCUGCCGCUGAACAUCAGUAAGACAAAAGAGAUGGUGACAGACUUUAGGAAGACUAAGCCUGCAUUGUUCCCUGUUAUUAUUGAUAGUGAUGAUGUGGAUCUGACCAGGAUCUACAAGUACCUGGGGGUGUACCUGGAUGACAGACUUGAGUGGCUGUAUACAAGAAUGGCUAGAAUCACCUCUACUUCCUGAGGAGAGAGAGGUCCUUUAAUGUAUGCAGACCUCUCCUGCACAUGUUCUACACUCUGUUGUUGCCAGUACAAUCUUCUAUGCAGUGGUGCACUGGGCCAGUGGUAUCAACAUGGGUGAUGCCAACAGGCUCAACAGAAAGGCUGUCCCUGGUAUAGGAAUCAAACUGGGCACACUGGAGACUGUGGAAAACCCUGGCAAUUCUGGACAAUGUUUCUCACCCUCUGCAUGCCACCUUGGCUGAACAGAGAAGCACUUUCAGUAAAAGAUUAAGACAACUGCGCUGCUCUAAGGAGCACUAUAUGAGGUCACUCUUAUCCUUGGGCUUUCGGCUCUAUAAUGAGUCAAUCUAUAGCCAGGGAAGUAAUGACCCCCCCGGCCAUUAGACUGGAAAUUUUAAAAAAUUCUUUCUAUUUCUCUUCUAAUUUUUAUAUCUGUGCACUUGUAAUGCUACUGUGACACUGUAAUUUCCUUUGGGAUUCAUAAAGUAUCUAGCUAAUUGAUAACAUCUUCAUUAAGCAACAAGAAAACGAAAAGUUUUGAUAGCAUGAAAUUAAACCAGAUGAUAAACCUGUGAGGUAUGGUUGCAAACGUUGGGUAUCUUCUAGUGGAGAGAGUUAAUGUACAAGAGAGAGGCAAAUGGGAAAUAAGAGGCUGGAGUGUAAAGAGAAAGGGUAAGGAAUGGUAAGGAAGGGAAAAGAGGGGAUGUGAAUUUGAUGGAUGUUCUACUUGGAGAGGGAAGGGAAAUUGAAGGAGGGGGACAAGCUAGUCUAUAUUGGAAAAGGAUCAGAGUGCGACUUUGAAAGACGUCUUUAAUUCUCUGUUUU